CUCGAGAGGCAGUUUUGGGAAGACUGUGAAUAUGCGCGGAAAAGAUGCAGGUGUCUCAUUGUUCUGUGCAGGCUCUGUACAAUGUGUAACUGAGAUCUGAGCACUUGGUGGUGAGGGCGACGCGGUGUUUGAAGACAUCUUUGCUUAAAGGAAGUACUUUGCAAUGUUUUGUGGUUGGAUGGAGAGGGAAAGGUGUGGAUGUACCUUUGUCCUUUAUAUACUCGCUUCCGUUGAGUCCCCUGCCUCCCCUCCAAAGUCACAGCCUUGCAUUUUCUUAUUGUACACAUUCCCGCCCUACAAUGGGAUUCAUAGCUUUGCCAUCUUAUUGUACAGUUCCCUACUGUACAAUGGGAUUCACAGUUUCUUGAACCCGCCCAUGUUAACAACAGUGGGUACAAGACCAUUCCGUGUCCGCCCAUAAUCCAAUAAGUAUCCCCAUUCCGGAAGUUGUUAUCCGUAGCUCGAUAUAC